AUGGAUACAGCAAAGUGCAUCGAGAGCGAAUAUGGCCUUGCAUGUGGAGGUGCAUCUGCGAUUAAGAUCUUGCAGGAUCCGACUGGCCAGUUGAAGCUCGGUGUCGGAGCCACCGUGUGGGAUGCUGCCUUUGUCCUCUCCAAAUACAUUGAAAAGCAGGUCAAGCUGGGCAGCCUGGACCUCUCCGGCAAGACGGUUCUGGAGCUCGGCUCUGGCACCGGCGUGGUCGGUCUGUCGGUGGCCCUGAUCGAACCCACAGCUAAGGUGAUCCUGUCCGACAAACAGGAAUUGCUUCCGCUGCUGCAGCACAAUGUGGAUCUGAACAACGCUGCAGCAAAUACAUCUGUCCAGUGCAUCGACUGGACUGCCCCCGCCGGUAUUGCUACGCAUCCCGACUAUAUUCUGGUGUCCGACGGCAUCUGGGUGACCGAUAUCCACGAGCCACUGGCGAACACGCUGGGGAAGCUGGCAGGCCCACAGACCAAGGUUCUUAUGACGUACGAGUCGCGCAGGUUCGAGGACGAGGCCAAGUUCAUGGCGCUGUGGGGAAAUCGCUUCCGCUUCCACGAUAUUAAGCCCGCCGAUCAGGACGAGAUGUGGCAGAGCGAGGAUAUAUUCUUGUUUGAAGGAGCGCUGAAGAAUUAG